UGCUCAUGCUCCGCCUGCCCAGUGACGAGUAUUUCAGAAGAAGAUGCCUUGGAGGAAAUUCUAUGUGCCGCCCUUAUGAAAUGGACAUUUACUGAUUCUGGUGUUUAUUUGAGUCGUUGAAAGACUCUUUGGUGGAUACAUCUGAUACUAAGAGUUUUUCAAGAAGGAAAGAGCAAUGGCCCAAUCAUCACCAACAUCACCAAAAAGAAGAGAAACCAGACAAAAAAAAGGUCUAACUGCACCUUCAAUCAUGUCAUCCUCCAGUGGUCGACUGACUGAGGAGCUUCAGUGCUCUAUAUGUCUGGAUGUGUUCACUGAUCCAGUCAGCACUCCAUGUGGACACAACUUCUGCAAGACCUGUCUGAAUAAGUGCUGGGACAACAGCCAGACCUGCAGCUGUCCUUACUGUAAAGAAACAUUCAGCCAAAGACCUGAUCUCAAGAUUAAUACCACACUCAGAGAGGUUAUAGAUCACUAUAAGAAGAAAACACCUAAUAAAAACGCUGAAGUUUUGUGUGACAUCUGUGAGGAAAGAAAGCGGAAAGCCCUAAAGUCAUGUGUGGUGUGUCAGAGCUCUUACUGUGAAACUCAUCUGGAGCAUCAUUUGAGAGUGGCAGGUUUAAAGAAACACAAACUGAUGGAGCCUGUGAGUAAUCUGGAGGAAUAUAUAUGUCAGACACAUGAGAGACCUCUGGAGCUGUUCUGUAGAGAUGAUCAGACAUGUUUGUGUACGAUGUGUGCUCUGUCAGAUCACAAGAACCACAAUACUGUUCCUCUAGAAGAGGAGAGUGAAGAGAAGAAGGCUCAACUGAUGAAAACACAGAAAUAUGUGCAGCAGAUGAUUCGGGAGAAAAUCAAUAAGAUUAAAGCCAUCAAACUGUCAGCAGAAGUUAGAAAGAGAAACACAAAGAUGGAGAAAGCAGCCCGUGUUGAGUUCUUCACUGAUCUGAUCCGCUCCAUUGAGAGAUGUCAGACUGAACAGCAGGAGAUGAUGGAGGAGCAGCAGAAAGCAGCAGAGAAACAGGAGAAAGAGCUCAUCGAAGAGCUGGAGCUGAAGAUCUCUGAGCUAAAGAUGAGAAACACUGAACUGGAGCAGCUCUCACACACUGAAGAUGCCCUCCACCUUCUACGGAUGUUCUCAUCUCUCUGCAUCCCUAAAAACACCAGAAACAGGCCUGAGAUCAGCAUGAAGACUGAUGUGAGUCUGGAGACUCUGAGGAGAGCUCUGACUCAACUGCAGCACACUCUAGAUGAGAAAUUCAGAAAAACAAAGCUGAAGAGGAUGCAGCAGUAUGCAGAGAGCAGAUCCUCAGUUUCUUCAGGGCACAAUAGCAGCAGUUCUGCAGAUGCGCUUGUGAAAAACUGCAAACUGUCUGAGGCUUCAUCUGAGUUUGUCACAGGCUCUUAUACAUCAUUCCAGGAGUCCUCUUUGGCUGAUUUCGUUCAGGAAUUCGUAAGCCAUCUGUACUCAUCUCCAGGUUCCUUUGAGUCUGAAAUCGAUUACAUCACAGACACGUUGAACAGCUGCGUCACUACAGAGGAGACUCUGCAGAAGCUGGUAGAGCUCAUCUACAUACAGUCCACGUCUAUCCCUCACUUCACCUACACAGGAGCGAGGCUGUGUAACCAUCUGUCUCAUCACAUCCAUUUUAAUCCAGCCAGAGGUAACUUCAGACAGCUGCUCCUGAAGAGGUGUCACACUGAGUAUGAGCAGAGGGAGCAGGCCGUGAGAGGAGAUCCAGACACCCAGAAAAAGUUUCACUCUUAUGUGCUGUUUCUGGGGGAGCUUUACAUUAACCUGGAGAUAAAAAGUGUAAAGAACAAACCUGGGCGAGCUAAUGUCUUACUGCGAGCGCUAAAGGAUCUUUUGAUCACAUUAUUUUCUCACCCAGAGGACCCCAACCUCAUGUGUGCUGUCAAAUUACUCAAGCUGACUGGUUCCGUUCUGGAAGACACAUGGAAGGAGAAAGGCCAGUCAGACAUGGACGAGAUAAUCAAGAAAAUCAAAUACAUUCUGCUGGAUGCCAAAUGCAGCCGAGAUGUCAGGACGAUGCUGUUGAAACUGGUGGAAUUGCAAUCCAGUAACUGGGGUCGAGUUCACACAGCCGCUGUGAGCAGUGUCGCUACACCUGACAACGACCCCAACUACUUUAUGAAUGAACCAACUUCUACACAGCAGAUGGGACGCCUUUCACAGCAGCGGAUCCUGAAUUCUCAGAGAAAUAGCAGGAGAUUCUAGUCAGAGAAGAUUGCUUCCCUGAUGCAUAUGAAAAGGAUGGAAAUGAAUCCUUCUGCAGUGGAAAAGAGAUUGAGGAGGCGUUUGAGAGGUUUUGCAUGGAGUCGGACGCAAGAAGAAAGAAAUGAGAAACUGUGUGAUGGUCAUGUUGAUGCCACACCCGACCAGCUGGAAUGUUUCAGAGUGGAAAAAACAAGAACGUUUCGAUUGAUUUUCAUUUGAUUUGGCUACAGUGACACUGGAUUUAAUUACUGUUUAGAUGUAAUGCAGCAUAAUUGACAAGUCUGUCAGGCCAUCUGUUCUGAUUUGUCAAAAAAGUUUGAAUUGAGUUUGCAAAAAAAGUUUACAGCAUCAAUAUCCAACUAAAUGCAAGAAAAACUGGGUUUUGCAUUUUACUCCUCAGUAUUUUGCCAAGUAGAUCCGAAGAGCACAGGGAGAAAGACAUAAACGUUAAAAAAAAAAAAAAUUCUGUUCUUCCUUUAUCAUAUUCUCCUUGAACCUUUUUAGAGGUUUUUUUUUAAUGUAUGCACGUUUGAGGAAAAAAGGAACCUCGAAUUUAUAGUUGGUUUGGUUUUUCAAAUGCAGGAUUAAAGUUUUCACUUUGGUCAAGUGUAUCAAAUUGGAGGAAAAGUUUGAUUGUACUGUGUUCAUUGGGUUUGCACUUUCACAGCAUAACAGUUCUUAAUUAAAGAGAGACUGUUUUUCUAAGUGAUCAAAUAGUUUUAGUUCAUGCAAUGUGUCACUGGUGGGUGUGGCCACACCUCAAAGGAAGGCUUCAUGGUGAAAGGUAGAAAGCCCUUCGACUUAAGAUUGCUCUCUAAAUGGAAAUAAAUAUUAUUGGGACAUUU